GUUAAACGUUGAAAACUUAAAAUAAAACCACGGGGGAAAAUCGAUUUAAAGCAAAUAUUCAGAGACAAAGAGCAGAUAAAUGAGAACUUUAAGUGGAAAAAAUUUAAUUUAAAUAAUUUAAAAGGAAAAAAGUUUAAACCGAAAAUAAUUAAAACAAAUUACAUCGAAAUUUCGAAAGUCUGUAAAACCAAUCUACCAGAAAUCAUUUACAUAACAACUUCUUCAAAAUGAGUCAAUUUGGAGGAGGUGCAAAUCCCUUUGGGGCACCCUCUGGGAUGGGUGGCAGUAAUCCCUAUGAACAGCAACAACAGUCCAGUUAUGGUUAUGAUCAAACAGCUACCGGUUAUGGACAAGAUACAGGCUAUGGUCAAGAUGCAGGUUAUGGACAGAGUACGAUUGGUGGAAUACCGGGACAACAGCCACCCUUUGUAGCUAGACCACGUGUUGACGUAGAUGCUGAGGGAGAAGUUGAUCCAACACUUUAUCCAGAACCCAAAGAGGGUACUCACAAAAUCCGUGGCCAUUCGGAUAUUAUUGAAAUGUUAUUCGGACCCACCGAAUAUGAACUAAUACCCGUUAAGGGUUUUUAUUUUUUCUUUUACGCCGCCUUCGGUUCCCUCUUCCCUCUGAUGGGUGUCUAUUUCAAACAGAUGGGCAUGAAUCCCGGUCAAUGUGGUAUACUCAUAGGCAUGCGGCCAUUUGUGGAAUUCUUAUCAGCACCAUUUUGGGGUUCCUAUGCUGAUAGAUGUCGCCGUGGCAAGGUUUUAUUGUUGGGCUCUUUAGCUUGUUGGGUUUUGUUUACCAUACCUUUGAGUUUCAUUAAACCGGAACCAGUGAAAUGUCUUGAACGUAAUCAAACAGAUUUCGUUUUAACCUAUACACGUACUAAACGUGAUUUGUCUGCAUUUAAUUCGGCUAAUUUGAAAGAUGAUAGUGCUGAAUUUUUGGAUAAUCAUGCUGCCCUACUUGCUACAAAUACCAUGCCUGCUAGUGAAGCCGCUGAAGAGUCUCAUAGAAGACGCAAACGCUCCCUGAUACCUCAUAUUGAUGCUGGAAUUUCUCCAAUACACAUUAAUUUCGUAAGCAAUUACGAUGAGAAACAACAUAGUGACUAUGUUACGCCCAUAUUUUCCAGUAUGGUCUAUCGAACACCGGACAUACAAAAAGCUUUCUUUCUGCUUUUAUUAGUUAUUUUAAUUGGUGAAUUCUUCAGUGCGCCUGCCGUUACUCUAGCCGAUUCGGCAGUGAUAACCCUCUUAGGAGAUGAUGCCGAUAAAUAUGGACAUCAACGUAUGUUCGGCUCUUUGGGUUGGGGUAUUUCUAUGUUUGUAGUGGGUAUUGUUUUGGAUCAUUCCACCUCAUUUUCACAUCAUCCCUGUGGUGCUGGCCAUAUGGAAAAGAAUUAUAAUGUAUGUUUUGCCAUAUUCACCGUACUCAUGACGGGUGCUAUUAUUUGCGCCUCGAAAAUUACCUUCAAAUAUGAACCAAUUGAAUUGGAAACACAAACCGCACAAGAUGUCAUCGAUCCCAAUAAGAAAGCUGAAGAAGAAUCUAUGAAUCAAUUGGCGGCCCAAUUAAAUUUACCUUCAUUGGCUGUGGGAGCUGGUACAGCAGGUCCUACUACUGCCAGUGGUGGUUUCUUAGGAGGUGGUACUGGUGGCCCUAAACCUCAUAUUGGUGCCGAAUCGAAAUUGUUUGCUCAAACUACUAAAGAAUUGCCCGAAUGGAUGACCGUGUUCACCUACUUUAAGGAUAUUAAAACAGCUUCUUUCCUCUUUGUAGCCUGGUAUAUGGGCUUUGGUAUUGGUUUGAUAUUUACAUUCUUGUUCUGGCAUUUACAAGAUUUCGGCGGUACUCCCACCUUAUUCGGUGUAGCCUCGGUUAUUAAUCAUGUUUCGGAAAUAUUCGCCUAUUUCUUUAGUUUCCGUUUAAUCACCCAGAUUGGCCACGUUAAGGUCUUGUGUUUGGGUUUAAUAGGCAAUGUUUUACGUUUCCUGUAUAUAUCCUAUAUAAGCAAUCCCUGGAUGGUAUUGCCCUUCGAAUUGAUGCAGGGUAUCACCCAUGCUGCUGUCUGGGCAGCCUCUUGUUCGUAUAUAGCUCACAAUACACCCAAGCACUUGAGAGCUUCGGCCCAGGGUGUUUUACAGGGUAUACAUCAUGGUUUGGGUCGCGGCUGUGGUGCCAUUAUUGGUGGUAUGUUUGUGACAUACUACGGCACUACGAAUACCUUCCGUUGGUAUGGCAUCUGUUGUCUGUUUGUCUUGGGCCUAUUUAUAUUUGUCAACUUUUAUCGCAAAGAACAAGGUUUUAUUUCGGAUAUACCCGUUACAGAGGAUCCUCAUCAGGUGGCUGAGGAAACUUCACAUUUGGCUCCUCAUGGUGUUCCCAGCAAUCCUAUACCUCGCGCCCUAUCCAAUACCCGUCUCAAUGAAAUGAAUCCUAAUGGAGGUACUGGUAAUACCUAUGGCACUUAUCAGACCAGUGGUGGUAAUUUAGAUAUACCCGGUGGCAGUAAUCCAUUUGGUAGCCAAUAAGUUUAUUAAACAGGUACAUUUUAAGUUCAUCGUUCGUUUUUCGUAUGAUAUGUUUUUUAUCAGAUGACUUUGUUUGAAAAAAAAAUUUAACCCCAGCAUUUAACAGUUUUUUGAAAGAAUUUUUGGGUUCCUCAUAAGCUUAUAGUUUGGACUCCCGUAUUAAAUAAAGUUCAGACUUUAGAUUAGUCUAAAGACUAUAAUCUUUUUUCCCUUUAGAUAAGACUAUAACUUUAACAUUAUAAUAUGGUCUUGACUAUAUCUCACACUAUAGUCUUGACUAUAGAUUAGUUUAUUGUUUCGACUAUAUAUUAGUUUAUAGUUUUGACUAUAUAUAUAGUCUCUACCAAAGAAUAGUUAAGAGUCGUAACUAUUUUCUGGCCUUGACUAUAGAUUAGUCUCGACUAUAGAUCAGUUUAUAGCCUUGACUAUAGAUCACACUAUAGUUUUGACUACAGAUCUCAUUAUGGUCUUAAAUAUCGAUCACACUAUAGGUUUGACUAUAUCUCACAUUAUAGUCUUGACUAUAGCCCACAUUAUAGUCUUGAUUACAGAUUAGUUAACAGUCUUGUCUAAAGAUCAGUCUAUAGCCUAGAGUAUAAAUUAGUCUUUUGUCUUGACUGUAAAUCACUCUUGACUAUAGAUCAGUCUAUAGUCUUAAUUAUAGAUCAGUCUAUAGUCUUGACUAUAGAUCAGUCUAUAGUCUUAACUAUAGAUCAGUCUAUAGUCUUGCCUAUAGAUCAGUCUACAGC